AUGCCUCCCAAAGCUGCUUCCGCGUCGACUCCAGGCUCAGCCACUAAAUCGUCUGGAACUUGGGACAAUGUUGAGUUCCUCAACGAUCUCCUCGUCGCCUUCUAUCAGGUGGGCAACCAAGCGGGCAGCUUCAACCAGCAGAGCAAUGCCGCGAUCGUGGAGUUUUUGACUGCCCAGGGCCAUGAGACCUCAUGGAAAUAUCCUACCACUCCGUCGUCUUAUUUGCUAUUCAUCAUGGGUGCCCCGAAGUCUGCCGAUGCUACUCUUUCUGGUAACAAGCCCACCCGUGGCUGGGAUGCCGCAGCACAUGAAGCUCUCCUGUUGUGCGUCAUUGAUGAAGUCAAGGGCGGCAAGGCUUUCUUGACCGAGGUCACCCGAAAGAUGCAGGCUCGAGGCUACACCUACAGCUACGACGCCAUCAACCAGCAUGUUCAGAAAUUGCGCAAGAACCGCGAUACCACUGGCCUUGCCACUACCGCUGACUCUGGUGCUGGAAGUGCCAAAGGUGCUACUCCUCGCAAGACGGCCACUCCUCGCAAGCGCCGCACUCCCAAGAAAGAGAUUGUCGCGGAUGACGAUGACGACAUGAAUCUCAAGCUGGAGGAGGCUAUUGAAGACGAGGAAAUGCGCAGUCCAUCGAUCAGGCCUUCUAAGCGCGCCAAAUCCGUCGCCUCGUGA